AUGGUAAAGGUAGUCGGCGAGGCAACCGUGGCACCAUACCGCGUUGAGGUAACAUAUGAAGUCGAAAAGGAGGACGUCAAUCCUGACCCUGAACUAGAUUCAGCAGAAGAUGAAGAGCUGACUGCACUUGAGCUUUCAGAGGUGCUCGAGGCUAGGCUUGAGCUUGAUGACGGGGAGGCACUUGAAGAACUGAUCGAGGAUGAGCUCUCUGCGCUGCUUGACGCGGAUGAGCUUCCGGACGAGCUCUCUGUGCUACUUGAUACCGACAAGCUUCCAGACGAGCUCUGUGCACUGCUUGACACGGACGAGCUCUCUGCGCUGCUUGAUGCAGACGAGCUCCCGGACGAGCUCCCGGACGAGCUCUGUGCACUGCUUGACACGGACGAGCUCUCUGCGCUGCUUGACGCGGACGAGCUUCCAGACGAGCUCUGUGCACUGCUUGAUGCAGACGAGCUCCCAGACGAGCUGCCAGAGCUAGAGGCAGAGGAUGACUGCGUUGAGGAGACAGGAGGGAAGCUAUCACCACUGGCUGAAGCGCUGCUCGAAGCACUCGAUCCCGACGAGCUCUCGGAGCUGCUUAUCGAGCUGGAACCGGAGCUGGAGCUGGAGAUAGACGAAGACUCCUCGCUUGAAGAGCGGGACGCAGAAGACGACGAGGACUGCGAGCUCUCAGGCGUGCUGGAUGAGGCUGCUGUGCUCGUGCUGCUUGCCGUCAAGGACCGUGAGCUGGAUUCGAUGCUCGACUCUGUCGAAGAGCCUGAUGACUCCACGCUCGACGAUGAUGAUGACGACGUCAAAGACGAGGAUCGAGAUGAGCUGCUGUCUGUGAUGAGAGUUGGAUCAAUCGAGUUGCUGGAGAAACUGAAGGAACCGGAGCUCUCGCUGCUGGUCGUCGACGAGGAGCGUGUGCUGGAUGGUGAGGAAAUGGAAGGGCCAGGGUCGCCGCUGUUGGACUCGCUGCUGCUGCUUGCAGAGCGGCUGGAAGAAGCGCUUGAGCUCUCACUGAUGCUCGAUACUUCACUCCUGCUGCUCGUAAGGCGGCUUGAGGAAGCACUCGAGCUCUCGCCGGUACUCGAUACUUCACUGCUGCUACUGCUCGCAGAACGAGUCGAGGAGGAGCUCGAGAUCUCAAUGCUGCUCGAGAUUGAUGAGGAGCCACUGCUGGACGGCGAAGUAACGGAUGGACCAGUAUCGCCACUGUUAGACACGCUGCUGCUGCUGCUGCGCUCGGUGCUGCUUAUGGACGAGCUUUCUCGAGACGAUGAGGAGCUCGUCGGACGCGACGAAGACUCGCUGGAAGAAACAGAAGUAGAGCUCGAGAUGGAGCUCGAGCUGGAUUCCUGGGACGAGCUAGGGCUCGAGCUGGCGCCGGAGCUGGAGCUGGAGAUGGAGCUGGAGCUCACACUGGAUGAGGAAGACGAAGAGCUGACCCCAGUGGGCCCGGCAUCACCGCUGUUAGACUCGCUGCUGCUGCCACUGAUACUGCUGCUGCUGCUACGCGAGGCCGAUGACGAGGAAGGAGAAGCACUCUCAGAGGCCGAAGAAGAACGGGAGCUGCUGCUACUGCUGCUACUCGAGACAAGAGUUGGGUCAACGGAGCCGCUUGAGAAAUCAGAAGACCGCGAGCUCGAUGACUCCGCACUGCUCGAAGUUGAGACGGAGGAUGACGAGGGCGAGGAAACACUGGGACCAGGACCGCCGCUGUUGGAGAUGCUACUGCUGCUGCUAGAGCUCCGUACACUGGAGGAGCUCGAAGACUCGGACGAGCUGAAGCUCGAGACAGCCGAGGACGACCUCGAGCUAGAGGCGGACGAUGACUCUUGA